UGGAAGAAAUGAUGAGCCAUAUAAUGGAGGAGAUGAUGAGUCAAAUGAUGGAAUUGAUGAAGCCAUCGCAAGGGAAAGGUAAGGAGCCUGUAGUCCCUGAAACUCAAUCUAAUGUGAAUGGAACUAGGGUCAAUCCUAUUGAAAUUGGAGCAAAUAGUAAUGAAGGAAGGGGUAUUUUGCCGCUACCGAAGGGGAAAGAAAAUGGGGAUUCUGGUAAUAGUUCUCAGGUGCAUAAGAGUUCUUGUAAUUUGAGGAAUUCUGCGAUGAAAUUGAAGGUAGAUGUUCCCCAAUUUGAUGGUAGUAAUCCGAGAGGAUAGGUAAGAAAAUGCCAGAACUAUUUCCAAGUUUAUGAUGUGAGUGAGGAACAAAAAGUGGAAGUAGCUUCUUUAUUUUGGGUGGAAAAAGCUGACAUUUGGUUCCAAGGUUGGCAAGUCAGUAGACCAACUGCAUCUUGGAGUGAAUUUGCGGAGGAGUUAUGCAAGAGAUUUGGGGAGUUGACUGUAACUGAUGUAGUUGAGGAGUUUAACAAGUUAAAUCAAGAAGGUUCAGUAUUGGAUUAUCAGGAGAAGUUUGAGGAGCUUAAGGCUUUAAUGUUGAAGUAUAAUCUAGGUCUAUCAGAAGCUUAUUUUAUCUCUAGUUUCAUCAACGGGUUGAGUGAGGAAUUGAGACCUGUAAUUAAAAUGUUUAGACCUGAAUCAUUGUUGCAAGCCUUUGAACAAGCAAAAUUGCAAGAGCAAUCCAUUGAGGCUAUUUUGAGAAAACAAAAGCCUUAUAUUAGGCCAUACUUCAAUUCCUACAACACAAGAAAUGCUCAGUUUAGAAAUGCCAAUCCCACAUCUAAACCUAAUUUCUCUACUGCAAACCCAAGUUCUUCUUUCUCUAAACCAAUCUUUGUUGCUGAAUUGGAGAAACCACCCUCAAAGUUUAUUAACUCUGACUUGAAAAAGGGUAAUAAUAGUUGUUUUAAAUGUGGAGAUAGGUAUUACCCUGGUCAUCAAUGUAAGACUCAACAAAUAUUAGCAUUGCAGGCUGAUGAAGAGGGAUUGGAAGAAGUGGGGAAUAUGGGGGGAGAGGAGAACUAUGAAGGUGAGGGAGAGGAGGUUGAGAUCUCCUUGCAUGCCUUAGAUGGCAGUAUUUCUCCAAAUACAUUGAAGAUUAAAGGGAAGGUAGACAAGCAGUCAAUUGUCAUAUUAAUUGACAGUGGAAGCACACCUAGUUUCCUGGAUUAUAAAAUUGCUAAAGAGUUGGGAUGUAGGAUGGUAAAAGCCCCUCCACUUUCUGUGACAGUAGCUAAUGGUCACAAGAUGGGUAGUAGAUUCAAGUGUGUUGGGUUUUGUGGAAUAUGGAGGGUCAUUCCUUCUUUUUCAACAUAAGAUUGUUGGAUUUGGGUGGUUAUAACAUGGUACUUGGAGUGGAUUGGAUGAGGUCUUAUAGUCCAAUCACUUUCAAUUUUCAAAACCUAAAAGUUUCAUUUCAAAAGGAAGGGAAGCAAAUUGACCUUACUGGGGUGACCAAGGAAGGUUCAUUAAAACUGAUGACAGGGAGGCAAUUACAGAAAUUGUUCAGGAAGGGACUUUCUGGUAUGUUCACUCAUUUAUUUUCUUUGCAUGCUGUUGCUGUCAAUGAUGAACUUGUUGAAUCUAAGAGUGAUGUUCCACCUGAACUACAAUUUUUAUUAGACAACUAUGCAGACCUGUUUAAAGACCCUACGCAAUUACCACCUUAUAGGGAUUAUAACCAUUCUAUCCAACUCAAACCUAACUCCAAACCUGUAAAUCUCAGACCUUGUAGAUACAACCAUUUUUAGAAAAAUGAAAUUGAGAAGCAAGUGAAAGAAAUGUUACAAACAGGAGUCAUUCAACCUAGCCACGGUCUUUUUGCCUCUCCUGUUUUGUUAAUUAAAAAAACAAGACAACACUUGGAGGUUCUGCAUAGAUUAUAGACAACUUAAUGAUGCCACCAUUAAAAACAAAUUCCCAAUUCCAAUUAUAGAUGACUUGUUGGAUGAAUUGUGUGGUGCCACCAUUUUUUCCAAAAUUGAUUUGAAAGCUGGGUAUCACCAAAUUAGGAUGGCUGAGCCAGACACCCCUAAAAUUGCAUUUCGAACACACCAGGGCCACUAUGAAUUUAAGGUUAUGCCUUUUGGGUUGACCAAUGUCCCAGCAACAUUCCAAGCCUUCAUGAACCAUAUCUUUGCUCCUUAUUUGAGAAAAUUUGCUCUUGUUUUCUUUGAUGAUAUACUUGUCUAUAUUAAAUCAUUUCAAGAUCAUUUGGAACAUCUUUCCUUAGUUUUUGACAUACUGAGACAACAAUAACUCUUUGCCAAGAAAUCUAAAUGCUCUUUUGCAGUAAGGGAAGUAGAGUAUUUAGGACAUAUUAUCAGUGGGGCAGGGGUGCAUACUGACCCUAAAAAGAUUGAAGCUAUGAUUAAAUGGCCUAGGCCUACCUCAUUGAAGUCCUUGAGGAGUUUUUGGGGUCUUAUAGGAUAUUAUAGAAAAUUUGUCAAAGGUUAUGGGGUUGUUACUAAACCAUUGACAAAUUUAUUGAAGAAAAAUUCUUUUUGUUGGAAUGAAGAAGUUGAGGGAGCUUUUAAUGAAUUGAAGCAACUGAUGUCUUCUACCCCAGUUUUGGCAUUGCCUAAUUUCACCCAACCAUUUGUUUUGGAGACUGAUGCUAGUCAUAUAGGGUUGGGAGCAGUUUUAAUGCAAAAUGGGAGUCCAAUUGCAUAUUUGAGCAAGUCCUUGGGAGUAAAAAACCAAGGGUUAUCUAUAUAUGAGAAAGAACUCUUAGCUGUAAUUGUGGCAGUGACUAAAUGGAGACAUUAUUUGGAAAAUGCUCACUUUAUUAUUAACACUGACCAUGAGAGUCUUAAGUUUUUGUUACAGCAAAGGCUUCAUACUUAUGUGCAACAAAAAGGCAUAAUGAAGUUGCUGGGAUUGGAUUAUUCAAUCAAUUACAGGUCUGGGCAUGAAAACAAGGCUGUUGAUGCCUUAUCUAGAUAUGCCUUGACUGAUCAGCAGGGAGAAUUGCAAGCCAUUUCUGCUGUGGUGCCAGUGUGGCAGCAAGAAGUCAAUAAUAGUUAUGUGGGUGAUCAAUUGGCUCAAGCCCUUAUUACUGCACUUACAAUAGAUCCUCAUUCUAAGCCACAUUAUCAAUAUAAAGCAGGGUUGUUACGAUACAAGGGCAGGGUAUAUAUUGGUGACUCUUUUGAUCUCCAACAGAGACUUGUUUCUGCUGCUCAUGAUUCUCCAGUUGGGGGACAUUCAAGUAUCAAGGUGACUUAUCACAGGUUGUCUCAAUUGUUCUAUUGGCCUAAAAUGUUACAGCAGGUGGAGAGAUGGAUUAUGAGUUGUGACGUAUGUCAAUGAUGCAAAGGUGAAUCAUUGCCCUACCCUGGGUUAUUGCAACCACUAUCCAUCCCAUCUCAUGCAUGGUCAUGUAUUUCUAUGGAUUUUAUAGAGCAGUUGCCUAAAUUUGAAGGUAAAGAUGUCAUCAUGGUGGUUGUUGAUAGGUUCACUAAAUUUGCUCACUUUAUAGCCCUUGCACAUCCUUAUUCAGCUGAGAAAAUAGCCAAGAUAUUCUUGGAUAACAUUUUCAAGUUGCAUGGGGUUCCUACAAGCAUGGUGAGUGAUAGAGAUAAGGUCUUCACCAGUCUUUUCUGGCAACAAUUGUUUAAGGCUUUGGGAACUAAAUUGCACAUGAGUAUAGCCUACCAUCCUCAGUCAGAUGGCCAGACUGAAAGACUCAAUAGAUGCUUGGAAAAUUAUCUUAGAUGCAUGACUUUCUAGCAUCCUUAUAAAUGGAGUUCAUGGCUAAGUUUAGCUUAAUGGUGGUAUAAUUUUAGCUUUCAUUCUAGCAUCAAAAUGUCUCCUUUCCAGGCCUUAUACGGAUAUCCACCACCCAUUUUUAAUAUAGCAGAACUUGCUGCAAUUUCAGUAGCUAAAGUAGAGGAUUUACUAGUAGAGAAACAACAAUUGGCAGAUGUGUUGAGAGAAAAUUUAUUGAUUGCUCAAAAUCGAAUGAAACAGUAUAUCGAUUUGAAGAGCACUGAGAGAUAGUUUAAUGUUGGGGAUUGGGUGUUUCUGAAGUUGCAACCUUAUAAACAGCUAUCAAUGGCAGUUAGGAAAUGCGUGAAAUUGUCUCCCAAGUAUUAUGGUCCAUUUUUAGUUUUGCAAAGAAUUGGAUCAGUUGCUUAUAAAUUGAAAUUACCUGCAGAUUCCUCCAUACAUGAUGUUUUUCAUGUGUCACUAUUAAAGAAGAAGGUGGGAGCAGAUCAAUUUCUUCAUAGUUCCUUACCUAAGUUCAACAAACAGCGGCUAUGGAAGGGUCCUGUGGCAAUUUUGAAUAAGAGGACUAUUCAAAAGGAUGGCAAAGAUGUGGAGCAAGUGUUGGUGCAAUGGAAUACCUUGUCAAUUCAAGAAUCAACUUGGGCGGAUAAGAAUUUUAUUUCACAACAAUUUCCACAGAUCAUUCUUGAGGACAAGAAUGCUGUUGCGGAGGGAGGUAAUGUUGUGACAGUAACUCAAGAAGAGGGAGAAGUCAACAGUCAAGAGGAUCCUUGCUGAGUUGUACUUUAGGAGGGAACAGUUAAGGAGUUUGUUUGUAAUUUGUUACUGAAGCUAGCACUUGUUACAACCAUAAACUCAUUGUACUAGCAAGCAUAAAUACUGUACAAAUCUUGGAUUAGGAUUUAUCUGAUCAAUAAUACAAUCAUUUACUCUC